AUGCGCUCUCUAUUGAUUCAGAGCCUUAUAGCGGCUCAUGUUGCCUACGCCCAGCACGUCAAGAGCCCUUCUUGUGAGAACCACCCGAAGCUUACAACUUGGAAAUGCACCAAAGACGGUGGAUGCAGCCCACAAAGGACAGCGAUAGUGCUCGAUUCGCUCAAGCGCCCCCUGUACCAAGUCGAUGCGCCCAAUCUGGGCUGCGGUACCAAUGGCAGCCCUCCAAACACGACCGUCUGCCCUGACGUGGACACAUGCCAAGCAAACUGCGUCAUGGAGAGCAUCUCAGACUACUCGAAAGUGGGCGUGAAGGCUGAUGAUGACAGGCUAUAUCUUGACAUGCUCAACGAUGACACCCUGGCCAAGAUCAGUCCACGGGUAUAUUUGCUCGACGAACAUGAUGAGAACUACGAAAUGCUACACCUUCUUGGCCAGGAGAUUAGCUUCGAUGUAGACGUAUCCAAGCUACCUUGCGGAAUGAAUGGUGCAUUUUACCUCUCUGAAAUGGAGGAGGAUGGUGGGCGAAGCGAGAUAAAUCAGGCAGGCCCGGCAUUUGGCACUGGGUACUGUGAUGCUCAAUGCUACAUCCCACCGUUUAUCAAUGGCGAGACUUGCACGAGUAUCAAGUGGGAUACUAACGCACGGCAGCCAAACAUCCAAGGGUCUGGAGCAUGCUGCAAUGAGCUCGACAUCUGGGAGGCCAACUCCAGAGCCACCCAUCUCGCGCCCCAUACAUGCAACAUAACCGGCCUCUACGCUUGUCAAGGCGCAGAGUGUGGCAAGUCGGGAGUAUGUGACAAGCCCGGCUGCCACUUCAAUCCCGCCAACGUUGGUAAUGGCAACUAUUACGGGCUUGGCAUGAUUGUUGAUACUACUCGCCCAUUCAAAGUGGUCACCCAGUUUCCCACUGACAGCGCCGGCGAGCUCCAAGCCAUCCAUCGGUUCUACGUGCAGGAUGGGGCGAUUUUCGAGAACCCGUCAGCCAAUAAGUCUAGCCUCCCCCAGGUAAAUUAUAUCGACGACGAAUUCUGCGAUGCCAUGGGCGCCGAUAUCUUCAAGAAUCUCGGCGGCACAACCGGCAUGGGGCAGGCCCUGGACCGCGGUAUGGUACUCUGUAUGAGCGUUUGGUGGGACGAGAGCGGAGGGAAUAUGAACUGGCUCGAUGGACCAGGAUCUGGGCCGUGCAGCGCCGCCGAAGGGUCCCCGAACUCGAUCCGACAGGCCCAACCAGACACAGCAGUAACUUUCAGCAAGAUCAAAUGGGGAGAUAUAGGCUCGACUUACGGUGGUGCCUAA